UAUGUCCAAUGCAUUAUUCGAUACUCAUUUAAAAUUCUAACAUGAGCUUAUAAAGAAAGCUCGCCAUUUCCAAGCGGUCCCCUGCUGUCAUCGGUCGUCUUUAACGUUUAAACGGGGACGAGUUUAUCGAAGGUGUUUUAUUACCUAAAUAUAUUACGCAAAAUCGCUUUGGGAGGCAGCGGGCUCGGAGGCGCCCACGCGUCAAAAUUGCGGGGGCGAUCGCUGGAGGCUUCGCUCAAACGUGCGCGCGCGGCGAACGAUACACACGCGCCUUUAAAAAAACCUUUCGAAACCGAUAAACAAAUUCGUAACGUACACCAAACGCAGGCGAGUCGGUUUUGUACAUUUACCCGCACUACCCGCAUUCCACAGAUUAUAUUUGGAUUCUUUGAUUUCCCCAGUUCUCACUAGUGUUGUCAAUGACACGGUUUGGUGAUCGAUGUUUAUGAAAGUUCGGUGUGACGUCAUGAAUAGUGCUGUGACUGUGAUGCGGUUCGGUGGGCGACCAUUUGUUGACAAUGCGUGAUCAUUAGAGUGGAAAGAAUGUGGCUCAUGGGCGCGGUAUCAAUACUGUGCGUGAUAUCUUGCGCAUCGUCGGAGUGGCAGUGCCCGGAGCUCAGCGCGCGCCCGUCGGCCGAGUGUUCCUGCGACCUGCCGCACACGCUGCGCUGCGCUGGCGACCAUACUGCGCUACAGGUGAGCUACAAUUGCGCAUCGUCGGAGUGGCAGUGCCCGGAGCUCAGCGCGCGCCCGUCGGCCGAGUGUUCCUGCGACCUGCCGCACACGCUGCGCUGCGCUGGCGACCAUACUGCGCUACAGAUCAUUGGCCGUCAUCUCCGAGAGCAGAGGGCGCGGAACAAGAACACAGCAGUGUCUCUGCUCGACGUGGCCCUGCGUGGAGUGACGUCACUACCGUCGGCCUCAGUGGCUGAGCUAGCCGGCGUAGGCUUACACGGCUUGGUGAUAUCGUCGGGCGAUAUCAAGAGGGUCCAGCAAGGAGCCUUUAAUAGCAUAUCCUCUACGUUACUGGCUCUCGGUUUACCAAACAAUCAACUUCCGUCGGUUCCCACGGAAGCCUUAGUUCACCUGGCCAAUUUGGACCGCUUAGAUCUUUCCAAUAAUAAAAUACACACUUUAGAUUCAAACUCUUUCAAGGGGAUACAGAACUUGUCUUACUUGGACAUAAGCGAUAAUCAGCUCACAAGUAUAUCGGCGGGCGCGUUCGAGCCGCUCGCCAAAUUGGCCGUGCUCCGGCUUAGGGGCAAUUUGCUGAAAGUCUCUGCUUUGUCUGCACUGAAGGAGGCACAUCUUCUGAAAGAGUUGGAUGUAUCGAGCAACGCUUUGGAAGGUCCCGUCGGUCCAUCCACAGUACCGGCUCUUGCGUUUUUAGAAACGUUGCAUUUGUCUGACAAUACCUUUGCAAGUAUACGACGGGGUGCUCUGUCAGGUCUUACAAAUCUGACUCAACUGAACCUGCAUAACAACCAAAUAGAUGUUUUAGAGGACUACGCCUUCAAACAUCUCGCUAAUCUGUCCCACCUAGACUUAUCACAUAACGAAAUUGUCGCUGUCUCAGGUGCAUCUCUGGCCCAGUUAGUGAACUUAGCGCACUUGGAUCUGUCGCAUAAUUUCUUGAGGUCUCUCUCAGCGGACCCCCUGAAGCCUCUACACCAUCUGUCAGAGCUGCUGCUGCACGACAACGACAUAUCCAUCAUAGACGACGGAGCGCUCACUCAACACAUGGACCUUCAACGAUUUACUAUUGAAGAUAAUCCUCUUAAUUGUGAUUGCUUAAUGGCCGGCUUCGCUAGGUGGUUGCGGGAGGCAAAAAACCUGCCCCAAUCAGAUAAAUCUGCGGCAGUUUGCGCCACACCACCACAUUUGGAAGGGGCGUUGAUAUCCCGACUCUCGAAAAACAAACUAUGCGAUGACGAGCACGUUGAUACGAAGGUUAUUGAUGGACCCAAUUACGAUUACAAUAGAGUACUUGAGAACACGAUUGAUGAGGAUAAAGAUGAUAGUGCUCUGUAUGAAGAUAAGCAAGACGGGUUGGAUGAUGACAUUUAUGACGACGAAUUGGAAGUGCCGUCUGAAGAGGACUUGCCGAUCUCGAAAUCAAAGGUUCGUCUUGUAGACUCCUGGUUUGAUGAUGAAGAAGUGCACCUAUCCUGGGUGUUGGAGCCGCCUUCGACUCGAAGGUACCGAUGUACCGGGGUCACUGCGUCCAAGAGCGGCGGCCUACCCAAGCAUGUGGCGUGUCACAGAGCUGCACCAACAAAUAUUAUAUUGAGGGGGCUGAAGAUUGAUCCUAUGGAAAAAUAUACAUUCUGUAUAGCGCUAGAGGAAAUGGACACAGAAGACAUUCCAAUAUCCUUGGUUCUGGGAUGUGGCGCCUCACAACUAGUUAGAGAGCGGGAGGCUUACGUCACUAUCAGACCUUCUACUAUGACUGUGCCGGUUCGAGAAGAUUUAAGAGUCUCCGAGGUCCGGUCGAACGUGACUAGCGCCGGACUAUUAACCGUGCUAAUAUCUGUCAUGGGAAUACCGCCGCCGAAACCGCAGUACGUCCUGCCGAGAUCUCAGAGAGUCUCCUCGCCCGACACCAGAUAUACACUGCAUAACUGCUAUGUGAUCCUUGCUGUUUUGUCAAAAGGAUCCUUGGUCGCGCAAAAGGAUACUCCGUGUCAAUCGACAUUAGAAGUAUCCAUGGAAGGAUUCAUACAAGGUCCUUACGAAGUAUUUACGCGAUGUCAGCUGACGCGGGAACUGUUAAAAAACAAUUUCCACCAAAAGACAUUCCUUAGUAACUGGGUAUGCCUGAUAGAACAAGAGAGUGAUAGGAAUACAGCAGCGCACAUAGUGAAGUCGUCUCGCAAGCAAUAUUAUGGAUUGUUUCAAAUAGGCAAUGAAUGGUGCAAGGAAGGUCGUCGAGGCGGAAAAUGCAACGUCUCCUGUGAAUCUCUUUUGGACGAUGAUAUAAGGGACGACUGCGCGUGCGCAUAUCAAAUAUUCGAGGAAGAAGGUUUCAAGUAUUGGACGAAAUGGGACGCAAGGUGUAAAGGCCAGAGACUUCCAGAUAUUCAAAAGUGUCCAGAUUGGCAACACCCUCCUCCCCGCGCUUCCCCUGACAGACUGAAGAGGACUAUAAAAAGAGAUAGAAGAUCAACAACUGUCAGACUAUUAGCCCAGCCCUAUCACAUAUUUAUGAAGUCACAGAAACUGAAUGAAGUUUGAAUUCCUUACUUGUCCUUUGUGUAGUAAUUAAACCAGCUUUAUGACAUGAAGUAAAAAGUCUGUUUUUACGCGUAGUCCUGUGAAAAUAGUUUUUAAUAGUUUAGAUAAUUUUCACAGACCAAAUAAUGUUAAUAUUAGAAAAUAAACUUGUGAUAUCAUAGUUUAGUACGGUUAAUAUAGUUUAAGUUAAAUUAA